ACUUUCAUUCCCUUCUCUCUCUUCUUUCUCUCUCCUCUUACUCUCUCUAUAAAACCAGCCAAAAUUUAAGGGGAGCUAAACAAAAAAGCUGUUUUUGUUCCCCUUUCUUAAGGAAAUUCCACCCGUUUUAAUUUAUUAUAAAAACAAUACUCAAAAAAUUAAAAAAAAAGUGAGAAAAAAAUGGAUCAAGAAGAAGAAAAAAGAAUGAUGAUGAAAAGCUUAUGGGCAAAUGUAGUAGUUUUGGUAGCCAUAGUAAUUGUAGCAAAGUUAGUAGUUCAACUAUGGUGGAGACCAAGAAAAGUUGCAAACCAUUUCUCCAAACAAGGAAUUAAAGGCCCUCCUUAUCAAUUCUUCAUUGGUAAUAUGAAAGAAUUAGUUGACUUGAUGCAAAAAGCUUCUUCUCAACCUAUGACUCUUACCCAUAAUGUUCUUCCUAGAGUUCUUCCUUUCUAUCAUCAUUGGAAGAAAAUCUAUGGUGCAACUUAUCUAAUAUGGUUUGGACCCACACCAAGGCUAACGGUUGCGGAUCCGGGUCUAAUUAGGGAGAUAUACUCGACCAAAUCCGAAUUCUAUGAAAAAUAUGAAUCUCAUCCUCUCGUAAGAAAACUUGAAGGAAAUGGCCUUGUUCAUCUCAAUGGUGAAAAAUGGGCUCAUCGUAGAAAGACCCUUUCACCCAUCUUCCACAUUGAAAAUCUCAAAUUGAUGAUACCUAUAAUGGGAAAGAGUGUGGCCCAUAUGUUGGACAAGUGGUCUAUGAUGUCAAAUUCAGGCAAAGUUGAACUGGAAAUUUCAGAAUGGUUUCAAAAUUUAACUGAAGAAGUUAUUACUAGGACCAUUUUUGGUGCUAGUUUUGAUCAUGGUAAAAAAAUCUAUCAAUUACAAGCUAAGCAAAUUAUUUUUGCUGCUGAAUCCUUUCAAAAAGUCUUUUUCCCUGGAUACAGAUUCCUACCAACGAAGAGAAACAGAACGACGUGGAAAUUGGAUAGGGAAAUCGAGACCUCAUUAAUGAAGUUGAUUAGUCAUAGGAAAGAAAGUCUCCUCGAGAAAAGACGUGGAGGAUUGGAGGAAGAAAACGAAGAAGAAGAAGAAUGUCAUAAAGAUUUAUUAGACGUUUUAAUACGAGCAAGUUUAAAAAGGGAAAAUAAUAAUAAUAAUAAUAAUAAUAAUAAUAAUAGUAGAAAGACGAGAAUAACGGAAAAUGAUAUAGUAGAAGAGUGUAAGAGUUUCUUUUUUGCUGGGAAACAUACAACUUCAAAUUUGAUGAUAUGGACUAGUAUUCUCUUAGCAAUGCACCCUCAAUGGCAGCAACUGGCACGUGAGGAAGUUAUGAGGGUGUGUGGAGCACGUGAUAUCCCAACUAAAGAUGAUGUUUCAAAUCUAAAAACGUUAACAAUGAUCAUAUAUGAAGUCCUAAGACUGUACCCACCAGUGGUAGCAUCAAUCCGACGGACCAAAAAAGAAGUGGACCUUGGAGAUCACCUCAACAUCAAAAAAGGAACUGAGCUCCUAAUUCCAAUCCUAGCCGUCCAUCAUGAUCCCACAAUAUGGGGCCCGGACGCAUUGGAAUUUAAUCCGACCCGGUUUUCCCAAGGCGUGUCUCGAGCUGCAACCCACCCGACCGCCUACAUGCCAUUCGGAGUAGGCGGUCGUCAAUGCAUUGGACAAAACCUUGCAUUGUUGCAAGCCAAAUUAGCAAUAGCAAUGAUCUUGCAAAGGUUCACUUUUGAUCUAUCACCCAAUUAUAAGCAUGCACCAACAGUUUUAAUGCUUCUAUAUCCUCAAUUCGGAGCUCCAAUUAUAUUUCGGAGCUUGUAAAACCCAAAUCCCACCCUAACCUAUACUAUAAUUUUGAGUCCUACAUACCAAAACAUCACUAGAAAAUAAUUUUUGCUUUUCUCACUUUUUUUUUCUUUGUUUUUAUGUUUGCUAACCUUUUUACUUUUGCACUAACCCACUUGUGAAAAAAAUAUUAGGGCUUGGAAAUUUUUUAAUUUUUUAGAAUUGCUAGCAUAUCUUGUUUCUUAUUGUAAUUAAGUAAAUAUUGUAUACAUUUGCUUCUAAUCACUAACAAAAUUGUAAUAUAUGAUAAUGAAUU